AUGCAUAGGAUGUUUCAACGAGCGUACACUUCCAUGAAGGAAAACACGUUUGUUAGUUACGCAAAAGUUGCGACGGUUGGAGGAUUUUGUGACAUUGAUAUGAUACUUGUAAAAGCUACAUCACCUGAAGACAUACCUCUUCGUGAUCGGUAUGUCCUCCAACUACUAAAACUCUUUGCGGUUUCACCCCCUUCUUAUCGUACUUUUGCGUCUAGCAUUUCUCGACGGUUUAGCAAGACAAAAUGCUGGAGAGUUGCUCUAAAAUGCCUAAUUCUUCUUCACCGUUUACUUAGAUCAUCCCCUUUUAACAGCCCAUUUAGAACAGAACUUUUAUGGGCCCGUUCCAAUGGUUAUCUGUCUCUAAAUCCAUGUCCUUUUCGUGACACUUCCUCGUCUAAUUCCCACGAUUACACACACUUCAUUUGUUCUUAUGCUAAUCUUCUAGAUGAAGCAUUAAAUUGUCUCCCAAUCAAUGGUGAACAAGAAUACGAGGAUCCAGAAGCAAAAACCGAAGAUGAACAAGAAGAAGAGGAAGAAACGAUAUUUCAAAGUUUUCCAGACAAAAUGAAACGAGUCGGUGAUAAACUAGAAUUCUUACCACAACUUCAAAGCCUAAUUGAUCGUGUGAUCGAAUGCAAACCACAUGGAGCAGCUGCAAGAAGCUUUCUUAUACACUCUGCCUUAAAAUAUAUCGUUCGUGACAGUUUCUUUUGCUAUACAAGUUUCUGUAACGAAAUUAGUGCAGUAUUAGAUCAGUUAAUCCAAUUACCUUACAGAAGCUGUAUGAUAGCUUUUGGUGUAUACAAAAAAGCUGCAGUUCAAGCCGAUGAUCUUUCAGAAUUCUACGCUUGGUGUAAAUCCGUUGGGCUUUGUGGAAUCUACGAAUACCCUUUUGUUGAUCGGAUCCCAGAAAUCCAAAUUCAAGCUCUAGAAAACUUUCUUAACGGUAUGUGGCAGUUAACAGACUACUCUUGUUCUUCAACUGGUUCUCCAGUUGCUUCCAGUAACGAGUCAUUAUCAUCGAGCACGAUAGAAGAUGAUCAUAAACCACUAGUGAGGUUCAACGACUGGGUUCAGUUUGAGGAUGAUGUAAAGAGCAACGAAAAAACGAUUGUCCAACAUGAGACGUACAACCCAAAUAAUAGUGUUGUGAGCUGGGAAGUUCUGUUGGAGGCUUCAGUGAUUCUUGCACCACUUUUGGUUUCAAAUAAUUCGUUUUAUUUUGAGCCCGAAAACAGAGGCAGAACGUCGAAUGGGUCGAAUGAUUUGCAGAUACAAGUGUAUAAUCCUUCUGUGCUUAACCCAUUUCUUCAGUCCAACUAUACAUACAAUGGUUUUGUUGUAUGA